GAUGAGGGAAUCAAGAACAUGAAAGGCACCCUCCUUGAGGCUGUGAACAGACGUUUCAGAGACGUGGAAUCUGAGCCAAUAUACUCUGUGGCAACGCUCCUGGAUCCAAGAUAUAAAGACAGGUACUUCACAAAUGCUGAAACCUCAAAACAUACAAAGGAUGCAUUAAUGGCAGAAGUAAGGAAGAUGGAAGAAAUGUUGAGGAAGACCACAUCAGAAGCCUCAGAGCCACGAGAGGGGACAUCGUCUGAAUCAGCAGCCUCAGAGCCAGCAAAGAAGACUCCACGGGUGGAUGCUGCAAGCAAGAGCAGACUUGGAAGUGUUUUUGAGGAAAUCCUGGAGGAAAGCACAGUAGAACCUGGUCCUGAGUCAACCACAAGUGCAAGCAUUGAAGUGCAGACCUACCUCAGCGAGCCAACUAUUCUGCGAUCGGACAAUCCACUACUGUACUGGAAAGUUAACCAACCUAGACUGCCCUCCCUGACGGUCACAGCAACUAAAUUUCUCUGUGCACCUUCAACAAGUGUGGAGAGCGAGAGGCUCUUCAGCACAGCCUCCAUUAUCAUUGAUGAACGGAGAAGCAGGCUGACAGCUGAGAAGGCUGACAUGCUAAUCUUUCUAAAGAAAAAUUUGCCCAUCAUGUUAAAAAGUGAACACACUUAA